AUGGCAGUGGUUGCUUCUGCGCCGGGAAAAGUUGUGAUGACUGGUGGAUAUCUUAUUCUGGAGAGGCCUAAUGCAGGGAUUGUACUAAGUACAAAUGCCCGAUUUUAUGCUAUUGUCAAGCCGCUUUAUGAGGACCUUAAACCUGAUAGUUGGGCAUGGGCAUGGACAGAUGUGAAACUGACAUCUCCUCAGAUGGGUAGAGAAACUAUGUAUAAACUGUCUCUCAAGCAUCUGCAGCUACAGUGUGUAUCUUCAAGUGAUUCAAGAAACCCAUUCGUAGAAUAUGCAUUGCAAUAUGCUAUAGCAGCAGCACAUGCCACCUUUGACAAUACUAAGAAGGAGGAGCUACAUAAACUUUUGUUGCUGGGUCUUGACAUUACGAUUUUAGGCUGCAAUGAGUUCUAUUCAUAUAGAAAUCAGAUUGAAGCCCGUGGCCUGCCUCUAUCUCCCGAUUCACUGGCUUCUCUCCCACCUUUCAUUUCGAUCACCUUUAAUGCAGAGGAAUCUAGUGAACAAAAGAGCAAACCUGAAGUUGCCAAAACUGGAUUGGGCUCGUCUGCUGCUAUGACAACUGCAGUUGUUGCUGCUUUACUUCAUUACCUUGGAGUGGUCAAACUUUCCUUAGAAAAUAGUUCUCUUCCAGGGGAUCAAGUCUCGAAGGAACUGGAUGUCGUGCAUAUCAUAGCUCAAACUGCUCACUGUAUAGCACAGGGUAAAGUCGGUAGCGGUUUCGACGUGAGCUCUGCUGUUUACGGAAGUCAAAAGUAUAUCAGGUUUUCGCCUGAAGUACUUUCUUCUGCUCAGAUAGAGCCCGAAUCACAAACCAGUCUGCUAGAUACCACGAUGAAUACAAAAAGAGUUCUAUUGGCUGGUAUUCCUGGUGCAGGUGGAUUUGACGCGGUGUUUGCCAUUACCUUGGGAGCUUCAAGCUGCAAUGUCGUGAAGGUCUGGAGUUCGCUCAAUGUUCUGGCCUUGCUAGUGAGAGAAAAUCCACGUGGCGUUCAUCUAGAGGCCAACGAUCCACGAACUACCAAGAUUACUGACUCGGUUUCUAACAUUCAUAUUGGGUAA